ACAGCAAGACUCACCAAGACUCAGUGAAGACUGCAUCACCCAAAACCAGCAUCCCACAAACUGUGACAAGAAGAUCAUCCACAGAAUGAAGUGUUCUGUGUUCUUCCUCCUAUCACUGCUGGGGACUCUUCUUUGCUGCUUCAGUGCAGAGGAGGAGCUCUCUGGCGCCCUCCAGAGUGUCGAAGGGGAGUCUGUGGAGAGGGACGCCAUACUGGAAGAUGUGGAAAGUCAACUGAAUGAAGUCCGGGGAAAGAAAAUUGAAAAAGACGACAAGAAAACCAUGGGGUUAAAAAAAAAAAUAAAUAAAAAAGAGAAAAUAAAUAAAAAAUUGGCGAAAAAAUAUCAAAAACCGAAAGCAAAGAAGUUACAUAAGCAAAGUGAAAUAUUGCAGUUAACAAUUGACACUAUACCUCAGACACUAAAACAAGAUAUUACUCAGACCUUUUUGUACAGAGUGAAUCAAAAUAAUAGGGAUAAUGCUAAAAAUAAUUUAAUUAAAUGGGGCACAUGGGAUAAACAAGAUACAAAGCGGACUUAUACAAUUAAUCCAGAAGAGGUGAAAAAUAUUCCAUCUAAGCAGGUCUUUGAAGCCUUGACUAAUAUCCUAGAUGAUAUACCCGACGGAACUAACAUUAAAUUGAUUCUCCCCCUAUCUGGAAAUGAUUACACAGUAAAUCUCAGGGCAAAUUACAAGCAGAUUACAGUACAAACCUUCAACAGUGACUUCCCAGACAAUACCUGUUGUCAUAAAAAAUAUAAGGACCUUGUGUCAGCUCUGUUAAAGGGAGACAAAGUAAAAACAGAUUCUGAAGUGGCUGGUAUUCUUUUAGAUACUCUUGAAUCUAAACCAAGUGUUGAUACCUGGAAAGACUUCACAGAGCAACAAAAACGCUCGGCUGUGGAGUUUCUAUUAAUUACACAGGUAGCAGAAGCCAUGGUGCCUGAAAACGAAAUGGCCAAUGCCAUUAAAGAUAAAAAUGUUGACCUUAAGACAUUUAAACCAAAAACUGGUCGGGUCCCGGGAAUGGAUGUGUUAGCAAGAUAUUUCUUAGAGUUAAUAAAAGCAAAUGGGAAGUUUGACGGCACACCUGUUAAUUUUCAAAAUGUGUUUGGAAACAAUGAGAGUUCUUUUUAUAUCAUGGCAGGAGAUGGAGGUACAUACUGGGGCAGAAAAUUAAUGCAGGAGCUACUAAAAUAAAACAAUAAAUAAAGGCUGAGUAGAAAUGCUAAAACACACAAUAAUCAAGCUAGGGCAGUGGCUCCCCAGAACCAGAGCUGGGACACAUUGUUAUAAACUCAACUCAAUAGUUUUAAAGGAUUCUUUCAACCGGAUUCUGUUCUGUUAUUUAAAGUAUGAAUCUUCAGUCAGUCCUAUUCCAAAUCAUAUUGAAUUUUCUAAACACAACCCCAAAACUAAGAUAUUGGAUUUUUUUUUCAUUUGGAUUUCCAAUAGGAUUUAUUGACCAGGGAAGGCACUUAGUGGACCAAUACAUCUGUAAAUCAUGUUAAUAUUUCACUGUCUACCAAUUCUCAAGUGGGAUUUCCAUUGUAAAGAUAUUGUGACUUUUGUGUGUAAUCUAUCUGCUGCAUCUGCUUUUAGCAAAUUAAUAAAGAUUUAGAAAUGCUAUCACUGCAACAGCUGUUUAGUUAUUAUUUCGUGUCACUAGGCUUGCCAUCC